ACCUCAGAGAGCCGAGGUAAACAAACAUUUACGUUCAGUUGGCAGUGGUGAUAACAAAUGAUCUAAGCUCUCUAAAGUUCGGUUUGUUGGGGCUAGCAAAUCAAUUGGAGAGUCAGUCGUUCAAAAAAUUUGUAUGAUUUGCAUUGUUUACUACUGCGACGCUUCGGUGGGGUCAAUGGUGUUAAGCUUUGUUUUUACGGAAGAAUUUGUUUGUGCGCCCAGUUGGAAUCUCCCAAAAAAGUGAAAUUUUUUCCAAAUCAUCCAAACCAAAAAUGUAUAAUUUAUACAAAUUAGUUUUACUUAUAGCAGUCAUAAUUCAGUCCCCUGAUUUUUCCCAUGCAGAAUGUAAUCGUCAGCAAACCAGUUUUGGUAUGGUUUGUAAGUGCACUGCCAAUAGUUGUGAUUAUUUGACAGAACCCCCUGUCAAAGGCGCCAAGAGUUGGAUAGCGAUUUCGUCCAGUAAGAAUGGUUUACGUUUCUCUGAGACAGCAGGAACAUUUGGUUCUACAGAUUUGAUAACCAUUGAAGAUUAUCAUGAGCCUAGAACGAACAAUGCUGCAAAUUCAAAAAAUUUCAUUGCAGAUGCCAUUAUGGUAGACAAUAAACGUUCAUUGGGCUAUUUUUUUGGUCUAGAACAAGGAAGUGUUUUCAAUAUACCUCAACAACAAAGUGAUUCAUCAGCAUCUAUUACUGUCGAUCGCAGUGUGACCUAUCAGAAAAUCAUAGGCUUUGGUGGAGCACUCACCGGUAGUGUUUCGUAUUUACUAAAUAAAUUGGACCCUAAGCUACAGGACCAUUUGUAUAAAUCAUAUUUCCACAAUGAUGGCAUUGGCUACAAUAUAUUGCGUACGUCCAUUGGUGGCUGUGAUUUUGACUUGGAGCCAUGGGCCUAUAAUGAGAUGCCUCAAAAUGAUGUCCAACUUUCUAAUUUCACAAAACUCGAUAAUCGGGAUCUUUUGAAGAUAGAGCAAAUUCGAAAAAUUAAAUCAGUAGGUGCUUUGGAAGAUCUAAAGAUCAUGGCCGCUGCCUGGAGUCCACCGCCAUGGAUGAAGAGCAAUAACGAUUGGACUGGCUAUAGUCAUUUAAGAACGGAAUACUAUCAUACAUGGGCCGAAUAUCAUAUGAAAUAUCUACAGUUGAUGCAUAAUGAAAAUAUAACGAUUUGGGCCAUAUCCACUGGCAAUGAGCCUCUAAACGGAGUCAUUGGUUGGUUUUUUGUUCGUUUCAUGAGUUUGGGUUGGACACCAGCCAGUCAGGCCAUUUAUUUGAACGACCAUCUGGGACCAUUGCUAAAGCAAUCUCAAUUUAAAAAUGUGUUAAUCUUUGGCAAUGAUGAUCAACGUUACUCAUAUCCAGAGUGGUACCAAAAGAUGAAUGCUACCAAGCCCGAUGUCUUAAAAUACCUUGACGGCUUUGCUGUCCAUUGGUAUUGGGAUGAGAUGUUUGGCCCCGAACUAAUAGAUCAGGCAAUGCGUUCAUUUCCCAAUAAGCUUCUGCUGAAUACGGAGUCGUGUGUCGGAGAUAAGCCAUGGGAAACGCAUGGACCCGAGUUAGGAUCAUGGGAACGUGCUGAACAAUACAUACGUGCAUAUCUACAAGAUUUGCAGCAUAAUUUCAAUGGAUGGAUAGAUUGGAAUCUUAUGUUGAAUGAGCAAGGUGGUCCAAACUAUGUAAAUAACAAUGUGGAUGCACCCAUUGUGGUGAAUACAGCAAAUUACUCGGAAUUCUAUAAGCAGCCCAUGUUUUAUGGCAUAGGACAUUUUUCCAAAUUUAUAAGACCAGAUUCAAAACGCAUUAAAGUGUCUGUAAACAGUCUUCAAAAUACGGUAGAUGCUGUGGGUUUUCUGAGACCGGAUGAUACAAUUGCUUUGAUAAUAUUGAAUAGUGCUCCAAUUCCCCAGGAUAUAACCAUAAAUGACAGUGUUCGUGGCUCUUGCACCGUUAAUGUACCCUCUCGUUCGAUACAUACAAUGUUGUACAAGUGAUGUUGGAUGCGAUGGUUUCUAAACUUAUUAAUAUCUACAAUAUAUACUCCUUUUAUUAUAAAUAGUGUUAAGCAUGAUGAAAAUAAAUGUAAUAUGUAAUAAGAGUGCAA